CGGCAGCGUCGUCGCACCACAGGUACCAACAUGGAAAUGAGCAAGCUGGCGCCGGCCUUCGCGAAGCUCGCGGAGGCUGCGCAGGAGAUCUCCGAGAUUUUCGCGGCGGCGGGAGGCGUCACCCUGGGGAAGAGGGGCCCCGGCGCCCUGCUGCUGGAUGCGGACGGCAAACCAAUCAAGAAGAAAAAGGAGAAGCGCGCUCCCCGCGCGCCCACCAAGUUCAACGAGUUCAUGAGGACGAAGGUCGCUCAGGUGAAGAGUGAUAACCCCACCAAGAGCCCCAAGGAUAUCUUCGCGAUGUGCGCGGCGAUGUGGGCGACGGCGCCUGAGAACCCCAAGAGCAGCGCGGCAGCUGCUCUUCCACCGGCGAAGAGCGAGAAGGGGUCGCUCAAGAGUGGCAAGGGGAAGAGCAAGAAGUGAGCGGCCGAGACCCGGCGAAAGUGGCCGCGCGCCAGGGCGAGCGUCGCACAGGAGAUGCCCGGCGAGGACACGGAAUUGUACUAGAAUCUAUCACAUGUUUUGCUGUCAUGCGGGAGGAAGAGGGAGGUCGUUGAGACUUUAAGAACGUCUAUAGAAUGAAAGAAUGGGAAUUUUG